AUGUCCACCCCGAAAACACCCCGCGAAGCCGCUCUCGCCGCCGCCGAGGCUCGGCUCAACCCCCCUCCCCAAACCAGUGAUGCCGCUGCCCAGGCUGCUCCCGCCUCUGCCUCCGCCUCGCCCUCGGGAACCCGACCCCUCUUCGCCCCUGCCCCGCGCCACACAGAAAAGGAAGAACGCGACCUCACCAUCAAAUUCAACCGUCUUCUCGACCGAGGAAUUAUCCGGGACAACAGCUACCAGGACGCUGCCGAGGCUGUCGAGACUCUGAUCAAGAUAUCUACCAAUAUCCUCAAUAGCGAUGACCCCAAGUUCCGCCAGAUCAAGGCUUCCAACGGUAUGCUCCAGAAAAAAGUGCUCGCUGUCAAAGGCGGGCACGACUAUCUCAUCGCUCUCGGGUUCCGUACCCAGACAGCAGACUUUACCAAGACGUACAUGUUCCAAAAAUCUCUUCGAAGCGUACACGAGCUGGAGAUCGGGACUCGAAUCCUGCAAGAUCACCUAUCCACCCUCCAAUCCCGCGUCUCCGCCUCCGCCCAAUCCCGUCUCUCCCACGCCCAAGCAGAAGCCGCCCGCCGCGCCGCCGCGCUAGCAGAGAUCGAAGCCGACCGCGAUUCCGUCCGCCUCCGUGCUUUGAGGGAGAAGGUUGGGAGGGAGGCUCGGGAACGGGAAGCGAGGGAGAAGGAGGAGGCUUUGAAGGACGCUGAAGGGGCGGGGAUGGGGAUGGGGGAGGGGGAGGGGGAGGGGGAGGUUGAUGCGCAGGGGACCGCUCGACGGGAAGGUGUUGUAUCGAUCGAACAGGAUGAGGAUGAGGAUGAGGAUGAGGAUAGUGAGGAGGAGGAUCAUGUGGGGUAUGCUGCAGCCAGUGGGGUGAACGAGUCGUAUUGGGGUGAUGGGAGAAGGCUUGGUGAUUAG